UAACACCGUGUCAGAAGUGUUAACAUUUUUAAAUUAAAAAAUGUUGUUUAGUGAUAUUUGCGACAUAGAAUCACAGUAAAUUAUUUUUUAGUAAAUAAGUGUGCAUCAUGGGGGAAAAAUAUAUUUUAUCACUUGACAUUGGAACUUCAACAAUAAGAUCCGUUAUAUACAAUACUCAAACCGAAAUUUUGGGAAAAGCUGUAGAUCAAGUAACACUCCAUUAUCCAAGUCCAGGAUUUGUUGAAAUUGAUCCUGAUGAGUUAUGGAAGUCUGUUGUUGGUGUUGUCAACAAAUCAUUGCAAAAUGCAAAUUUAUCUGCCAAUCAGAUAACAGCCAUGGGUAUAUCAACCCAAAGAAGUACCUUUAUAACCUGGUCCCAGGACACAGGGAAACCAUUCCAUAGAUUUAUUACAUGGAAGGAUCUGAGGGCUGACGAAUUAGUUAAGCAAUGGAAUGAUUCUUAUACUUGGAAGUUUAUAAAAAUUAGUGCCUAUGUUCUGUUCAUGAUAUCAAGGAGCAAGAGAUUCAGGGCGGGUAGUGUUUUCAAGUUCUCAAAUAACCAGACUACGUUAAGAUUGUACUGGGCUCUCCAUAACGUGCCGGCCCUGAAAUCUGCUAUAGAAAACAAUGACGCUAUGUUUGGGACAUUGGACACGUGGUUGUUGUAUAAAAUGACAGGUAACAGGAUCCACAUGACGGAUGUUUCAUCAGCGUCAGCGACGGGUUUCUUCGACCCUUACACCAUGCAGUGGAUGGACGAUAAGAGAGACAUAGUGGCUCAACAAUCAGACAGGUAG